AUGGGUACUGAACAGGGUUUUGAAGUGGGAGCAGCACCUUCGGACUCCUGCCAGAAGCAAACCGUGUCUGACGUGAGCGUUGCCCCUGUCCACAUGGCCAGGGUGGCGAGCCUCAGCCUUGGCUCUCUGCUUCUGCUUUCUCUCCUGCUGGACCGAGGUGUGCUAGCCAAGGAGUUGAAGUUUGUGACAUUGGUAUUUCGGCAUGGAGACCGAAGUCCCAUUGAGACAUUUCCUAACGACCCCAUUAAGGAAUCCUCCUGGCCCCAAGGAUUUGGCCAGCUCACCCAGAGAGGCAUGGAACAGCAUUAUGAGCUUGGACAAUAUUUAAGGAAAAGAUAUGAUAAAUUCUUGAAUAACUCCUAUAAACAUGAUCAGGUUUAUGUUCGAAGCACAGAUGUUGACCGGACUUUGAUGAGUGCUAUGACAAACCUAGCAGCCCUGUUUCCCCCAGAGGGCACCAGCAUCUGGAACCCCAGCCUACCCUGGCAGCCCAUCCCAGUCCACACUGUUGCUAUCUCUGAAGAUCGGUUGCUCCACCUGCCUUCCAGGAACUGCCCUCGUUUUCAAGAACUUGAACGUGAGACUUUGAAAUCUGAGGAAUUCCAGAAGAGGCUUCAUCCUUACAAGGAUUUUAUAGCAACCUUGCCAGAACUUUCAGGAUUCCAUGGCCAGGACCUUUUUGGAAUUUGGAGUAAAGUCUACGACCCUUUAUAUUGUGAGGCUGUCCACAAUUUCACUUUACCCUCCUGGGCCACUAAGGACGCCAUGGCUAAGUUGAAAGAACUAUCAGAAUUAUCCAUUCUGUCCCUUUUUGGAAUUCAUAAGCAGAAAGAGAAAAGUAGACUCCAGGGAGGUGUCCUGGUCGGUGAAAUUCUGAAUCACCUGAAGAGCGCAACUCAAUCCCAAAACUACAAAAAAUUUGUCAUGUAUUCUGCGCAUGACACUACUGUGAGUGGCCUACAGAUGGCGCUAGAUGUUUUCAACGGAAUCCUUCCUCCUUAUGCUUCUUGCCACUUAGUGGAAUUGUACCUUGACAAAGGGGAGUACUUCGUGGAGAUGUACUAUCGGAACGAGACCCAGCAUGAGGCUUACGUCCUAACACUGCCAGGCUGCAACCCCAGCUGUCCUCUGGAGAAGUUUGCUGAGCUGGUUGCCCCUGUGAUCCCCCAAGACUGGUCCACGGAGUGUAUGACCACAAACAACCACCAAGUUCUAAGGGUCAUCCUUGCCAUUGCCUUUUGCCUGGUGUCUGGCAUCCUAGUGGUGCUACUCUUCACGCUCAUCCGCCAUGGGCCCUGUUGGCAGAGAGACGCCUAUCGGAACAUCUGAACAGACUGCGGAACAAGAGGAGACAAGCAGAUCCCAGUUCCUGGGAUACAGCCC